CUGUACCGUGUCAGUUGAUAAGAGCAUGGCAGAACAGGAACCAGGAGUGCUGGUUCAGAGAUCAUUAUCAUGUGCGUUUCCAGGAGCCAUUUCUAUCGAACUGCACAUAAGGCUGCCGUUGAAAACCUCUACUGGAGACGGCUUUGAAACUGCUAUGGAAAGGGGAGCGUCCCUUCCCCUGCACCUGGACUGACUGCAACAAGAAGUUUGCCCGUUCGGAUGAGCUGGCCCGUCACUACCGAACCCACACCGGGGAGAAGAAGUUCAGCUGCCCACUCUGUGACAAGCGCUUCAUGCGUAGCGACCACCUGAUGAAGCACGCUCGCCGCCACUCCGAGUUCCAGCCCGCCAUGUUGAAGCGGCCGUACGGGUGUGGUGGAGGGAUGGGCGGGGGAAUGGGCGGAGGGAUGGGCGGAGGAAUGGGCGUGGUCGGGAGUACUACACGCCCCGGAUCCCUCAGCGACUACAACAGCCGCUCCGACUCGUCCAGCCCCACCCUCAGCCCCAGCCCCACCCUCAGCCCAGCUAACUCGCCUUAAAGCCCCGCCAAACAGCACUUUCAGGCUCCGCCUCCAACGCCCUGAUUGACCCGCCCACAAGACAAGACACACACCCACAGACAGGACAGGACUCUUUCAGUCUGUUUUAGGCCUUUUCCAUCGCAGGGUUUGGCUUUUUACAUCGGUGCCCUGUGGAAUGUCACAGCCCACAACAGCAUUGCAAUGGAAAUAGGCUAUUUAAAUAUUAUUAUUUUUUAAAUCAUGAUGGUGGUGUUAGACUGGAUCCUCUAGAAGAUCCACUCCAGUCACGCUGCAGUCUUUUUACCAUGACAGGUGGUGGUAGAAGGAAUCCUUUCAAAGAACUUGAUGCCUCGUCCCUUGUUCUAACGUCUCACCCUAACCUUGACUUCAAUGGGACUACGCCACAACCCCAGCAGCUACUCUGAUUCGUUAUUUUGUUCAGUAGGGUUCCUCUGAUUGGCUCUGGUCCUAAUUGGGACCCCCGCCCCUCCACCCUUCCUUUCCAAUGCUUUGUCUGCUUGCUGCAUUGUACAGUCUUCUACAUCAUGUACUAUACUGCCUAUUGGAGAUCAAUCCUUUCAACAGCAAAGACAACAACAAAAAUAAUGCCUUUCUGAUUACAAUAUUUCCAUAGUAUACAAAUGUACCGUGUUGUCUGUUUGAGAAGCCUCAUUGUCCACCAUGGUUUAAUAUUGUGUCAUUUAGGCUGUGAUACUUAAAGCAGAAUCAGCCAAGAAAGAACACAGAACGAGAUAUUCCAUAUUGUAAAUACUACAGGAGGUUUUACAUUUAUUUGAAAUUGACGAAAGGAGAGAUUUGCAUCUUCAUCCUCAGGAUUAUAAAAAAACACAGUUUCAUUUUUUAUUUUUUAUUUUAUUUUUAAACUUGACUGCACAAAUAGAAAACAUCACUUUAUUCUGAAAUUCAAUGCAGGUUGAAUCUUCUGCCCUGCUCAGGGAAGGCCUCUUUUGAUAGCUUGAAAGAAUGGACACAAUGAAGACACACACACACACACACACACACACACACACACACACACACACACACACACACACACACACACACACACACACACACACACAAAA